AUGUCGUCUGCGGGGCCGUCGAGCCCCGUGCUCGAGAAGAGUGACGAUGACGUCUUGUGGAGGGAAGCCGUUCGGUGGCUCGUGGAUCUUGAGAUGAUUCCUUCCGACCACCGAGUCACGUGGCCCGAUGCGAGGGUGGAAAACCUCGCAUACACCCUCCGGGACGGGGUGGUUCUGUGUAAUUUAGCACUGAAAUUACAUCCUGGGUGCAUGGAUCAUAAGGAUAUGUCGCUUCGACCCCAAAUGUCGCAGUUUCUGUGCAACAAGAAUAUCAGAGCUUUCCUACAAGCUCUCACAAAUACUUUCGGAAUCACAUCACCAAUGGAUUUGUUCGAGCCCGAGAUGUUAUUCGAAUACACUGACUUCAAACAAGUCUUGCAUUCUCUCUCAGUCUUAUCCAAUUCGCCAGAAGCGACCAAAUUCGGUGUCAAGGGCUUCACCGCGCCGAAAUCCGUCGGGAAUAGCGAAUACUAUAAUCAGAGUGUGUUCCUCAAGGACACGCCUCACAAUGGGACUUCCUUCGAUACCAACGGCGACAGUGAAGCAACUCACAUGGCUUUUACGUUCCCAAUCCACGAUUCUAAGGGGAAGUCUCAUGCUGACGCCCUCUACGAAGAGCUCUGCUAUGUCUCACUGAAACUUAAGCCAAAACCUCAGGUGCCGCUGGAAAAACGUGAUUUAUGCAUCCAAGAACUCCUGGAAACGGAAAAAAAUUAUAUUCAAGCCCUCCAGAUGAUCCGUAAAAAGUUCCAACAGCCCCUUGAGCAAGCGAUGAGCCGCGACGAUGCUGGCGUUAUAUUCAAGCAUAUCAGAACCUUAAGCGACGUGCACACCGGUCUCCUUGCGGAUCUCCAUGUUGCCAACCAGGUCCCGAAUGGCAGAAUCUCAGAAUGCUUCUUACGCUGGAAGAACUCGCUCAUCAUCUACGGAGAAUACUGUUCGAACUAUCCGAGAGCCCAGCAGCUUUUACAAGAGCUCUUGGCCAAGAACGACGCUGUAGCUCAAGCCAUCGAUAAGUGCCAACGGGAAACCAAUGACGGUCGCUACCAGCUCAAUACUCUGCUAUGUGUACCGAUCCAGCGCGUACUCAAAUAUCAUCUGCUGCUCAAAGAGCUUGUCAAGAAUACUCUGCCACAACACGACGAUUAUCUGGGCCUCGAGAAGGCACUCGACGCGAUGCUGGAUCUUUCGGCCUACAUUAAUGAGGUCAAACGAGACUCAGAGAUGCUCCAGAUAAUUGCAGACAUUCAGAACUCGAUCACCGAUUAUAAUCUGCCUAAAAACGUCAACUUGAGAGAUUACGGGCGAUUACUGAAAGACGGAGAAGUCAAAGUCAAAAGCCACAAAGAUCAAGGAGUGAAGAACCGUUACGUAUUUGUUUUCGAUCAAAUGCUCUUGCUGUGUAAAGCCACCAAGAUGGUGGAUAAGUGGCUUGGGGGCGACCAGUACGUGUAUAAGGAGGCGAUAUCCUUGUCCACCUACCGGGUUGAAGACUGCCAGCCCAUGAGCGGUGCCGCGAGCUCGAGUAAUUCCGCAUUGGUCAACGCGAAGUCGUGGCAGUUCCAGUUCCUGCUGGUACAUCUCGACCAGAAGACUGCCUACACGAUAGCCACGAAGACCCUUGAUGAUAAAUUGAAGUGGAUGGAGGGCAUUCAGAAAGCUCUGGACAACUUAGAUCCACCGGCAGCGCGGCAGACCGACCACGAGCGGCUCGAUAUGACAACGUUCCAAGCUCCGUCGUACUGUUCGCACUGCAACAAACUCAUGAAGGGCAUCUUCUACCAAGGAUACUCCUGUAGUCGCUGUAACAAAAUACUCCAUCGCGACUGCAUUCAACACUCGAAGGUUUGCCAGAUACAGUCGGCUGCGAGCUCCACUCCCCUACCCUUAUCUCUGAAUUCUCCGACGAUCGCCGUUGCACGUGCCAAACAGAAUUACAAUGGCGCUAACAAUGAGGCUCAUCUGCCCUUCAAAGGGAACGUCAUUGAUGUCACUCGGAAAGUCAGCGUCGUUCUCUGGGAAGGACGUCUGGGCCACAACGUCGGUUUUUUCCCGGCGCAGUACGUCGAAGAGAUUGGUCAAAUGAAUCUCGAUGAGCACCCAUGGUUCGCAGGCACGAUGAGUCGCGAGCGAGCCGAAGCUACUCUGGAACCCUGUCCUCAAGGGACUUUCCUGGUUCGGAUUUCCAACAAGCAGCUUUCGGGCCAGCAGGGAGCUCCCGGGUAUGCUAUAUCUCUGAAAGUAGGCGACACUGUCAAGCACAUGAGGGUGUGCAGUUUUGUUGGAGAAGCUCCGGGAACUUCGAGCACGGGGGAAUUCCUCUAUCUCUGCAAGAAAAAGCUGUUCCGGACCAUUCCCGACCUGAUCAACUGGUACCAGGACCACACGCUCGCGGAAAGUUUCGCGGGUUUGGAUGAGACCCUACGAACACCCUACAAAGCCGUCAGUGGUGGUCCAACUGUGAUCUCAUAUGCGCUCGUUGUUCAUGACUUCGAACCGAGCCAUACAGCAUCCAGCGAUCAGGGGAAAGCGCAGUUCUUGCCGCUUGCCAAAGGUGAACGAGUAGCAAUCUUGUCGAAGGAAGGCGAUGAGAGGGGUUGGUGGAAAGGUCAGCUGAACAAUCAAUUCGGUUUCUUCCCUAAGACAUACGUGCAAGAGAUUCAGGACGCCUGAGAAGGUAGCGGAGGUGGACGAGGAGGCGGGUCCGCCACUCAUGCUACAUAGCAAUUACUCUGCACGCCCCCUGCGGAGGCGUGUCCAUCAAACUAGGAACGGGCGACUAGUACCUUUAUCGACCCGAAUGACAUAGACUUCAAGGCGACGUUCACGGACGUGGCGUCUAAGUGUACAUAGGAGCGUAAAUUAAUUGAAGAAGGGCAGAAAUGACGAGGAAGAAGAAAAUUCCGGGCCAGAUCAAGGAACGACAUCGAUUUUAGCGGCGGCGGUGGCGGC